AUGAUAUUAAAAUUGAUUAUAAUUGGUAUUAUAUUGACGAUGGUAUCAUUUAUCAUUGUUGAAUCAAUACAAUUAACUGACCAACUACAGCAACAACACCAACAAAGAGUACAAAAGAAUAUUUUGACAAGAUUCUUUGGAUCGACAACUGCUGCUGAUGAAAGAAUAGCCUAUUUAGACACAUGUGUAUCAGAGAUGGUCGUUGUCAACAAUAAUGAUUGUUCAUGGCUGUCUAGUCGAUUAUUACGUCAAUUCUGUACUUCGUGGAUAAUGAACAUCAUCAAGAAACGUUGUGAACUUCGAUACUCGAUUUAUACAAACAUCAAGGGAAUUUUAUCAAAACCAUGA